GGAGCAGAGUGGGGAGCGCGCCCGACCACCAUGCCGCGUUCGUUCCUGGUUAAGAGCAAAAAGGCUCACAGUUACCACCAGCCGCGCUCCCCGGGACCCGACUAUUCCCUCCGCCUGGAGAAUGUACUGGCGCCAGGCGGAGCAGACAGCACCUCGAGCACAGGCGGGGCGAAGGCGGAGCCCCGGGGUCGUUUGUCCCCCGAGUCUCAGCUGACCGAAGCCCCCGACAGAGCCUCCACGUCCCCCGGCAGCUGUGAGGGCAGCGUCUGCGAUCGGAGCUCGGAGUCUGAGGACUUCUGGAGGCCUCCGUCGCCUUCUGUGUCUCCAGCCUCGGAGAAGUCGGUGUGCCCCUCGCUGGACGAAGUUCAGCCCUUCUCCCUGCCCUUCAAGCCGUACUCGUGGAGCGGUCUGGCGGGUUCCGACCUGCGGCACCUGGUGCAGAGCUACAGGCCGUGCGCGGCCCUGGAGCGCGGCGCUGGCCUGGGCCUCUUCUGCGAGCGCGCCCCGGAGCCAGGCCACCCCGCGGCGCUCUACGGCCGGGAGCGGGCUGCUGGCGGCGCGGGGGCCGGGGCGCCCGGGGGAGGCAGCGCAGGAGGCGGAGUUGCCGGCGGCGCGGGCCUGGGGCUCUACCGCGACUUUGGGCCCGCGGCGGCAGGACUGUACGAGAGGCCGGCGACCGGCGGGCUGUACCCGGAGAGCGGCCACGGGCUGCACGGCGACAAGGGCACCGGCGUCAAGGUGGAGUCGGAGCUGCUGUGCACCCGCCUGCUGAUGGGCGGCGGCGCCUACAAGUGCAUCAAGUGCAGCAAGGUGUUCUCCACACCGCACGGGCUCGAGGUGCACGUGCGCAGGUCCCACAGCGGCACGAGACCCUUUGCGUGCGAGAUAUGCGGCAAGACCUUCGGGCACGCGGUGAGCCUGGAGCAGCACAAAGCCGUGCACUCGCAGGAACGGAGCUUUGACUGUAAGAUCUGUGGCAAGAGCUUCAAGAGGUCAUCUACACUGUCCACACACCUACUCAUCCACUCAGACACCCGGCCCUACCCCUGUCAGUACUGUGGCAAGAGGUUCCACCAGAAAUCAGACAUGAAGAAACACACCUUCAUCCACACUGGUGAGAAGCCCCACAAGUGCCAGGUGUGUGGCAAGGCAUUCAGCCAGAGCUCCAACCUCAUCACCCACAGCCGCAAGCACACAGGCUUCAAGCCCUUCGGCUGCGACCUGUGUGGAAAGGGCUUCCAGAGGAAGGUGGACCUCAGGCGGCACCGGGAGACACAGCAUGGGCUCAAGUGA